AUGCAGCAAGUACAUAUCGAAGCUUUGAGUCACGAGGUAGUGCAAGAAAUUGAUUCAAUUCAGCAGGCAAGGAUUCACGAGGUAGUGCAAGAAGUUGAUUCAGUUCAGCAACCAAGAAUUCACGAGAAUACCAUUGAGGAUAAAGAAGACAUGGAGGAGAAUCAAGAUGCUCGAAAUUCUGAGCUUGUUAGUAUUGAUGAUAGGCCAGUUUCUGAUCUAACCCGCCCUUCAAGAAAAAGAAAUAUGAGAGGUCUGAAUUCACUUCUCGACAAAGCAAGAGUAGUGAUAAGCGAGCUCAACACAGAAUCAAUGAUCGAAAAAGAAGGCACAAACGAAUUCGAAUUGUUUGGCAAGAGUGUUGGCGUCCAACUAAAUUCCAUGAGUUUAGAAAAUGCUUUGCGGGCGCAAAGCGUGAUAGAAACCUAUCUUACAAAAGUGCGAUUGCAGGAAUUAAAAACCUGCAAUCGCACUUUUGUUGUUCUUGCACCAUCUCCGAGUUAUGUGCCUACACCAUCUCCGAGUUAUGUGCGUACACCAUCUCCGAGUUAUGUGCCUACACAAACCACUUAUGAGCAUACGUCUACUCAAGAAGCUCCUACAGAUAGUGGACAAUCAUCUAUGUCUGAAAUACCUCACUCUGAGUUUAUUGUGACAUAUACUCCUAAUAUUUCAUCUCAUACAGCACAUUUCAGCCACGACGCUGCAAUAAAUCUUGAUAGGGGUGAUUUGCUUGAUCUAAGUGACCAACAAACUGCAGCUCAACAAAAUAAUGAUAUCUUAUCACAGGCUAUGGCAAAUAUUCCUAUGUAG